AUGGACUCCGAAAAGUCUAGAAUUGCAUCCAUAUGCACGAAGAUCAUAGAGAAUCCAGAGAAAAAUCUGGGAAUGAUGGAAGAGGUGUUCAGCAUGAUCACUAGCAUGGCGGAAGGUAAGGCAAAGGGAGUUAUUUAUUUGUCUCUUCUGAAAGUAUUCAAGGCAAUCAUUCCUCUGUACAAAGUGAGGUCUCUGAAGGACAUGGUGAAAGACAAAAGAGAUAGUCUGCAUCUGAAGGAUUAUGACAAGAGCCUUCUUAGAUGGUAUACAUCCUACAUAAAAACCAUGGUCGACGACGUGUCCGACGAAAGCUACAUCUCGUUGUGCGAGGUCCUGCAGCAUUUCGACCACUUUAACUGCACCGACAAGGUCGUCUCGGGUGUGUUGCGAGGAUCUCUUGGAACGAGAUCUGUGUCGAUGCUGUGCUGCGAUACAAUAAAGUCGAAGCUGGAGGGUGACUGCACUGGGGAACUGGUUGCAACUGUACUGGACCAGAUGCUUGACUUUGAGUACAACCCUUUGGUUUUGGAGUAUUUGCUGGACAUUCCAUUCGUAGACAACUCUCUGCGGAGUGACGAGGAGAAAGCUAGGAAGUAUUGGGAGGCAAACAAGCCUGUCUCUAGGAGAGAGAAGAAGAGCAUAUUCCAUAGAAAGCAGGUGUUCAGCAAAAAGCUGAGAAAAAUAGAGAAAGAACGACUAAGGAUCCAGUCUGAGACAAGGGACGAGGAGGACAUCGAGGAACGUAUUGAGGAGAUGAAAAACUGUAAGAAGAUCUAUGAUGCCAUCCAGAGGCUGUAUUUCAUGGUUCUCAAAGGAGAUAGAUACGAUUGCUAUAAAUAUGUAUUCAUGGGGCUUGUAAAGUACAGGAAAAUCAUCCGUCCUGAGUUCAGAGAGGGCCUUUACUUUCUACUGAACAACAAUCUUGCAAAGAUAUCAUCGGACGCUAGGAUCCAGGGAAUCCUGUGCAUACUAACCUUGUAUGGAGAAGAGGGCUAUGAUUUUGGUGGACUGGUGGACUUGGUGUACUCAAUGGUCCAUCCGAUGAACACCGAGCCCGUAGAUAAUGGCGAGCUUAUCAAGAUUGUCAGGCUUCUGUUCAUAAAGAUAAGACAGCCUGUGCACAGGGCCCAUGUCAUUCUCAAAAGACUUAUCCUCUACUGUUGCUCUAGAUCCACCUCUGAAUUCAAGGGUUUAAUCAAUGACAUUUCUGCCUACUACGACAUAGAAUUUUCUGAUUGCGCUAACCCAAAGUGCCGGGAGUUCGACCAGGAUGCAGCAAAUGUCGACUCAAUUCCAAGCAACCCGUUCUUCGAGUAUUUUCUUUACAAGCAGAUGCUCUAA